AUGUUCCUUGUAAGUUCUACAGACAGGGAAACUGCCUGGCGGGUUCGCUGUGUCCUUUUUCCCAUAAUUUGGACGGAACUUUGGGCCGCUGACAAACUUCCUUGUAAGUAUUUUCAAAAGGGAAACUGCAAGUUUGGGUUGAAAUGUGCGUUGGCUCAUUUUCUUCCUGAUGGAACUCGUGUGAAUUCAAAGGGGUUGAUGAACAACCACAAUGGUUCGUCUUCACGUCGUACUUCAAGCAAUCACCAGAACCUCCACCAUACUUUUUCGCAGCCAGCUCAAGUUGCUCCACAGCCCAUCGAUAUAAGCCACAGCCAGUCUUCUGGUAACAUAGGUUCCUAUAUCUCGUUGGGAUCCAAGGUUCCAACCCGCAACCCUUCGGCGACCAACCUUUCCAGCUUCAGAAGUGCUCCAUCGUAUACCGGAGCAGCCAAUUGGUCACAUAAUGGAAGUAAUGGACCUUUCCUGCUUUCGCCUACCAGCUUGACAACGCCCACCGGCACCACCACCACAUCUCCGUUCAGCCCCAAUGGGCUCGGUAGAGGCUCGUAUUCGGUCAAUUCUCCUCCAUCGACUUACAACUACUCCAAUAGUUUAGUCAAUGAUUCUGCAAUCGUCGACGACGAAGAUGACGAGAAAGACAGAAGCAGCCAUGGGUUUUACGAGGAGGACUAUGUACCAGGAUCGCUUGGGAACUUGAUUCUCACGCCUCAGGAGAUGCAACGAAGGGACUCACGGUCGCAAUCUGGAACACUUCUCGUUCGGCCCACUUUAAACUGGGGCUCGCGCGAAGAUAGGACAAUUGACGUUUCGAUACUAAAAGGGGACCAUGACAAAAAUGACGAUGUGUUUUUGAUGGAUUAA